CUGACACUUUAUCGAGGCUUCUCCUGGAACUUUGUUGUCAGAAAUGUGGCCUAGUUGUCUCAUAACACCCGACACCUCCCGUUAAAACUCCCAUUUUAUAUAUAUUUUAACGACUAAAGCAACUGUCUACUGUGUCAACUGCGUUUAUAUAAAUAAACACGAAGGAAAUACUUUCAAACACCUAGUGCCAGGUAACAGUUUCCAUGGCAACGUGCUUAGAGGCAACAUGGAGUUUCUGCAGUGGAGUUGUCAAGAUGUUGGGAGAUGGAUUGAGUCUGUAGGAUUUCCACAAUACAAAGCCUGUUUCACGGAGAACCUCAUCACGGGAAGAAAGCUGAUAUAUGUAAAUUGCAUCCACUUGCCAAGACUUGGAAUCACAGAUUUUAAAGACAUGCAGGCCAUCUCUGCUCAUGUGCGCGAGCUGCUAGGGAUCACAGAGGCCCCGUGGAGCCGCAGCAUCGCCGACCCUCCGCGGGACGCCAGGGGCCGGUUCCUGGAGAAGAAGAGCCGGACAGGUGAACAGGCGGACAGACUCACCUACCAGCAGUUCCUGGAUGACAUGCGUCAGUGAGCCCAGCAUGAAUCACAGCGGUGAAGGAGCGCAGCAGCAAGCAGAACAUGUCAGCGUCGUUUCAUAUCACCACCUGUCAGCUCGUGAUGACUACGAUGACACACUCGGAGUGGGUCACAUGCAAGGGUUGACAUUAACACUUCCCACCAGCAACAUGAUUGUAUGUCAUUGUGGCUGGUGGAAAAUCAGAUAUACUGCGAGGAGUGAAGUCAUGUCAGGGAGUCGCUCCCCCCCUCCCAGAGAAAAAUCAGAAAUGUGAAAACUGUUAUUUUUGUUUAUGUGUUACACAUUGCCGUUUUUUUUUACCUUUUCAUAUUCCAAUGGAUGUAAUGACAGAGAAUUAGGAUUAUUAAAGGACAAGUUCACCCAAAAAUGAAAAAUCACUGAUAAUGGACUCACCCCAUACCAGUGGGAUGUCAAAACAUUACUCAAGGCUUCAACGCAAAACAAAUGAAAAAAUGAAGCAGAUGGAGACUUCCAAAUGUUAAAAAAAAAAAAAAAAAAACUGAAAAAUAAUUGAAAUAUUUCUGUACAGCUCGUCAGGUGUAAUCCAAGCCCAGAGAUCCACAAUUGAUUUGAAAAGACUUAAUUUACACCCUUUUUAAAGGUGGGAGCUGCUAAUAGCAUUCAUUAACGCUCAGGCUCAACCGCUCGCUGAGGGUGCACAUGACGUCUUGGAUUAUGCCAGACAAUCGGGGUUAGUUAGGUUUUUCACAUUUUAAAACAAGUCCCCAUCAAGGAAAGUGCUGCAACGCUGUUUUGCUGUGAAGCACAUUUUCAUUUUUGGUUGAACUUAUCCUUCACACCAAUACAUAAGAAAUCUAUGCACCGUUACACAAAGACGUGCAGAUAUUGUGGCCAUUGUUUAGCAAAUUGUUCCUUUUAUUUAAAACUAUUUGCUUUGAUCUCCUCCCCUCCUUUCCUUGCAUCCUGUCUUCUCCUCUCCAGCCUUCUCCCCUCUUCCUAUUUUUAUUUGUUUUUAUAUCAAGAAGUAUAUAUUGUAAACACUGUUCUGUCUGAAAAAAAAGCUACAGAGUGAACUCACAACAGAGACUGAUUUCACUUUUUCAUACAUGUGACAUCAGAAACUCCACACACACUAAUAACAGCUUAGAUAGCUUUUGCCAUUUCAGCUCUGGAUAACUACGCUUAAUAGGCUAUUCUCAUUGAUCUCAUGUUGUAACUGGAUGGAGCUAUUGAUCUGCUGCAGAAAUCCUCAGGGUACUUCUGUGGACGACAGCAAACAGUCAUUUCAAAGUGCCAGGAGGCCCCACAGGGAGCAUGUGUAAGGUCAUUGUUCUUUGGAAUAAUAAUACAAUAAAAUAAAAUUUAAAAAAAAGUCUG